AUGACGUGGAGAUCGUCCUCAGACGAGUCCGCCACUAGCCGCUUGGAGAAAGCAACUGACGUGUUUCUGAGGCAGCUCUCUGACCAGGGCAGGGCGCCAUGGCCAGCAAUCCUCAAAACGAGCGAACAAACAAGAGCCAUUGAGGUGGGAGGAAUGGGACUUGGUGACGAGAUUAUGACCUCCCUGGCGACAGUAUUGCCAAUUCUGGGGAACGUAGAGCGACUGGUUGCAUUCGACAACCGCACGACCGAUCGUGGAACACACGCCGUCGUCAAAGCUGUGCAAAGCCUCCCACUUUGCUCCCACUUAGAUUUGAGCCAAAAUGAAGUGGGAGUCGACGCAGCGAAUGAGCUGCGAGAGUACAUGAGAAACCGGCGGUGCAAGCUGAGGUCGUUAGCUAUACGCAAGGCGGAUAUCGACGAUGAUGAGUGCAGGUGA